UAUUUAUGUAACAAAAGAUAAUCGUGCACAUACAGUCUGCGUCUAAAAAUUUUAGGAAACUUCUCUUCGAAUAUGGCCGUCGGAAAUGCAAGAAAGUUGGGUGUUGAACAAUACUUGCUGUGCGUUAUUGUGCCGUGCUUGGUUUAACUAGGGCGUAUAACCUUUGAAUAUAUAUAUAUUCAAAGGUAUAACUAAGGACGGUCGGUACGCGCGAAGACUACCGAGUACGUACGAAGAUUGCCGAGGAGCGGAAAGAGCACCGCGGUCUAGACACGGGCGCCCUAGACCCGGGCAGCUACCAGCUAGUUGUCACAGCGAACGAAGAGUCGACAUGCGGCUAGGAGCGACCAUCCCCAACUUCAGGGCGGAGACCACGAAGGGCCCCAUCCAGUUCUACGACUGGGUCGGAGACUCGUGGUGCGUGCUGUUCUCGCACCCCGCCGACUUCACCCCCGUGUGCACCACGGAGCUGGGGCGCAUGGCCGUGCACAACCACGAGUUCGUGAAGCGCGGGGUGAAGGUGAUCGCGCACUCCUGCGACAAGCUCAAGGACCACAACGACUGGGUGGCCGACAUCAAGUCGUACUGCCUGGACAUCCCCGGGGACUUCCCGUACCCCAUCAUCGGGGACGAGCGGCGGGAGCUGGCCGUGCUGCUGGACAUGAUCGACGAGGACAGCAAGGACGACCCGCAAACGGCCGUGACGGUGCGCUCCCUCUACGUCAUCGGGCCCGACAAGAAGCUCAAGCUGUCCAUGCUGUACCCCGCCUCCACCGGCCGGAACGUCGACGAAAUUCUGCGCGUUAUUGAUUCACUGCAGCUAACAUCACGUCUCAAGGUCGUUGCAACUCCGGCCAACUGGACGCCGGGCACGAAAGUGAUGAUUCUACCGGAGGUGAAGGACGAAGACCUCCCCAAACUGUUUCCAAAAGGCGUGGAGAAGAUCAGCAUGCCGUCCGGCAUCACUUACGUCCGCACCACAACGGAUUACUGACGGGACUAGCAUAGUUCCACAACAAUCUCUUCAACGAAACAACUGAUGUUUACAUACUUAAAACUAUUCUACCUUUGUGGUGUGGAAGCUUUUUUUUAAAACACUAAAUGUGAUGCAUUUUAAAUUUGUUUGUGCUGAAUUUGUGUGAAAACGUUUGUAGAAACAAAAUACAUGUACUCAGGUGAAAUAUAUAUCCAAUUAAAGAAACAA